AUGGCGGGCGGAGGAUUUGUUUCUGGCGGUUCUGGGAGUUAUGAAGGUGGUGUUACUACCUUUGUCAUCACUACUUGCCUUGUAGCCGCCAUGGGAGGUCUACUCUUUGGUUAUGAUCUUGGUAUCUCAGGUGGAGUGACCUCAAUGGAAGAAUUCUUAACCAAGUUCUUCCCAGAAGUUUUGAGACAAAUGAACGAUAAAACAAUGCGUGAGACAGAGUACUGUAAAUUUGAUAAUCAAAUGCUGACUUUGUUCACCUCUUCCCUCUACCUUGCUGCACUGGUGGCUUCUUUCUUCGCCUCAACUGUAACAAGGACUUUUGGAAGAAAAAUAUCAAUGUUCAUCGGAGGCCUUGCUUUUCUUGCCGGUGCCAUUCUUAAUGGCGCUGCCAUGAAUGUCGAGAUGCUCAUCAUCGGUCGUCUCUUGCUCGGUGUCGGCGUCGGAUUCGCCAAUCAGUCUGUGCCGGUUUACCUGUCAGAAAUGGCACCAGCAAAGAUCAGAGGAUCACUUAACAUCGGUUUUCAAAUGGCUAUCACCAUUGGCAUUCUGGUAGCAAACCUUGUGAACUACUUCACUCCAAACAUCAAGAACGGAACAGGGUGGAGAGUAUCUCUUGGUCUAGCAGCAGUUCCUGCUGUGAUGAUGGUUGUGGGAUCUCUUUUCUUACCCGAUACUCCCAACUCCAUCCUCGAAAGAGGCAAAACGGAGGAAGCCAAGAGAAUGUUGCAGAAGAUUCGUGGAAUAGACAAUGUUGAGGAGGAGUUUCAGGAUCUUUUCGAAGCCAGUGAAGCUGCAAGAAGAGUGCAGCAUCCAUGGAUGAAUAUUGUUAAACCCCAAUAUAGACCUCAACUCGUCUUUUGCUCACUCAUCCCUUUCUUCCAACAACUCACUGGUAUUAACAUGAUCAUGUUUUACGCUCCUGUUCUUUACAAGACUCUUGGAUUCGGAGACGAAGCUUCUCUUUUCUCCGCUGUCAUUUCUGGAGGUGUUAAUGUGCUCGCCACAAUUGUCUCCAUUGUCUGCGUCGAUAAGUACGGAAGAAAGAUUCUUUUCCUCGAAGGUGGCAUCCAAAUGAUUGUUUCUCAGAUCGCAGUGGGAUCUCUGAUUGGUUGGAAGUUCGGACUAGAAGGCCAAGGCAUCUUGACAAAAACCGACGCAGACUUGAUCUUGUUCUUGGUCUGCGUGUUUGUUGCUGCAUUUGCAUGGUCAUGGGGUCCAUUGGGUUGGCUUGUACCAAGUGAAAUCUGUCCUCUGGAGAUUCGAUCAGCUGGUCAAUCCAUUAACGUAUCAGUCAACAUGAUCUUCACUUUCUUCAUCGCACAGUUGUUCCUCACCAUGCUUUGUCACAUGAAAUUCGGUCUCUUCUUCUUCUUUGCUGGCAUGGUGGUGAUCAUGACCAUCUUCGUCCACUUUUUCUUACCAGAGACUCGUGGAAUCCCAAUUGAAGAAAUGAGUGGAGUUUGGAAGGAACACUGGUUCUGGGCGAAGUAUAUUCCUGAUGACGCAGUCAUCGGCCACCAUGGCAAUGAAACGGCUCAUGCUUGA